GCCGCUGUCCCUCGGCCUCGCAUGUUCCCCUCUAAAUUCCUGUUUUCAAUUCGAUGUCCCUCUUUGUAGAUUUUGAUUAAUUUCUCACGCCGCUGGCCACAGCCGGGCGUCCACACGCACACACCGGUGUUUUGUUUGUCCCAAAAAAUUGCUAUUUCGCGUUUCGAGACCUCACCCCCCCCCCCGACACACACACACACACACAGACAGACACACACACACACCUUCCACCACCCUCCAGAACAUGGCCGUGGUGAGCGGAUCGUCUGGGCCGGUCGCCCGGCUCGAGGGCCGCGAGUUCGAGUACAUGAUGAAGAAGCGCUCGGUGACCAUCGGCCGGAACUCGUCCCAGGGCUCCGUGGACGUCAGCAUGGGCCACUCCAGCUUCAUCUCCCGGCGGCACCUGGAGAUAUUCACCGCCAGCGACGACGGCAUCGGCAGCGGGGAUUUCUACCUGAGGUGCCUCGGUAAAAACGGGGUGUUCGUGGACGGGGUGUUCCUCAGGCGGGGCGCCCCUCCUCUGCAGCUACCACGGAUGUGCACGUUCAGGUUCCCCAGCACCAACAUCAAGAUCACCUUCACCGCCCUCUCCAGCGGGAAGAAGGUGAAGCGCGAGGCGCCGGAGUCCCCAGUGAAACCAGUGCAGCCGCAGAUCUCCCCGCUGACCAUCAACAUCCCCGACAACAUCGCCCACCUCAUGAGCCCGCUGCCCUCGCCCACCGGCACCAUCAGUGCCGCUAACUCGUGCCCCUCCAGCCCGCGGGGGGGCGGCUCCUCGGGCUACCGGAUGGGCGGACGCAUUGUCAGCUCCGCGGAGCUGCAGCUCAUGAACGACAACUCGCAGCCCGAGAACGACAAAGACGCCUCCGGGGGGGACAGUCCCAAGGACGACUCCAAGCCUCCGUACUCCUAUGCACAGCUGAUCGUCCAGGCCAUUACGCUGGCUCAGGACAAGCAGCUCUCACUGAAUGAAAUCUACAAUCACAUCACAAAGAACUACCCGUACUACAGGACGGCAGACAAGGGCUGGCAGAACUCGAUCCGUCACAACCUGUCGCUGAACCGCUACUUCAUCAAGGUGGCGCGGUCGCAGGAGGAGCCGGGAAAGGGCUCCUUCUGGAGGAUAGACCCGUCCUCGGAGGGCAAGCUCAUCGAGCAGGCCUUCAGGAAACGAAGGCCGCGGGGCGUCCCGUGCUUCAGGACCCCCCACGGGCCCCUCUCCUCCAGGAGCGCCCCGGUCUCCCCCAAUCACUCCGGGGUUCUCUCCGCUCACUCCAGCGGCGUCCAGACCCCCGACAGCCUAUCGCGGGAGGGCUCCCCGGUCCCCCUGGAGAUGGAGACCUCCUCGGCUCCGGCCCCCGCCAACGCGGUGGUCCAGCCCAAACUGGCCGUCAUCCAGGAAGCACGCUUUGCACAAAACACAUCAGGGUCGCCUGUCAACAACCAGCCGGUACUCAUAGCAGUCCAGCGUCAGUUACCUCAAACCAUUAAGCCAGUGACCUACACCAUGGCCUCCCCAGUGAGCACCAGCACCUCCCAGCCGGCCAUCCAGACGGUCCACGUCCUGCAGCAGAUCCCCGCCGCCGUCAUCGCCCAGCCGGCCGCCAUCAUCAAGGGCGUGCCGCAGGAGAACGGGGAGCACACGGGGCUCAAAGUCAAAGUGGAGGCGGUCCCCAGCAUCGCCUCCAUAGGCGGAUCCAGUCGCAUCAUCCAGACCUCCCAGCCCGGCGGCCCCCUGCAGACCGUCACCAUCGUGCAGCAGCACCCCCCCAUCGGCCAGCACCAGCUGCCCAUCAAGGCCAUCACGCAGAACGGCACCCACAGCAUCACCACUGCCAUCCACGGACCCGCCAGCUCAGCUGUGGCGAGCCCCCUCCACCUGCUGGCGGCGCACGCCUCUGCCUCCGCCUCCCUCCCCACCAAGCGACAGAACGGGGAGCAGCCGGCCGCCGGGCCGCCCGACGCCAAGCGGGCGAAGUCGGAGGACGAGGCGGCGGCCCGAGGGGCCGUCAGCGCGGCGGACUCGAGCUCUCCGGCAGCCAACGAGCCGGGUCUCAACUAGCCUGUACCGCUAACACCGCCCCCCCCUUUCUCCACCCACCACCAUCACCUCCUCUCUCUCUCUCUUUCUCUCUCGUCCCCGUCGUUCCGUUUCUUCCUCCACCGACUCCCGAGGUGCCAAACGGAGAAGAUUCUCCUCCAGAGCAUCACAAUAAAAUGAAUAAAAUAAUAACAGCCGCCCGCUUUUUAAAGACUGGAGUGUGGGUCGAGAACAAAAUAAAGAAAUGGGACGACGAUGAACCCCAACCCCCCCCACUUUGUGGGCCACUGGAACAGGAGGGACCACAACCACAGGAAGCCUUAACGACGACUAACCCUUAAGAGCUGACCUUUGACCUCGGGGGGUGCAGCGGGGAGAGGGGCCCCCGACUCCAGCUCGGGCUGGACGCCACCUUUUCUGUCGCAUUUACCUCGGGCAGGAGAUUCCAGCAGCAGCACCCCCCCCCCCCCUCCCCCCUCCAAACAAACAAUAUCCAGAAGAAGAAGAAGAAGCCGCUCACUGAGGAGGGGAUCGAACUCUGAGCCGAUAUUCCUGAGACUCCGGCAGCUAGCCUCCCCCAGUACUGACCCCCCCGUAUCGCAGCUGUACGUAGACAUGCAGUAUUUUGAUGUUCGGACGUGGAGCAUAGGAUCCUUUUUGUUCACGUGUCUUUUCACUUAUCUAGAUAAAGUAAUAAUUUAAUUCAAAGGAAGCGCGCGAAAGUAAUGAGGUCGGUGACAUUUCGGUAACUAAGUUAGAGAAAUCUCACUUUUUUUUUUUUUUUUAAAUGUGGACCUUUUUUUAUGUUUGGUAAAACAGUGAUAGUUCUUGUAAUGUUUGUUUGUUUGCCCCCCCCCCCCCCCCCCCCCCACACACACCACCAACACCUUUGCUUGAUUAUUUUACUUUUCUCCGGCGACCUGGCGAGUCUGUCUUCUGAUUGUACACGUUCCAAACAAUAGUAAAGCAAAAAUAAUUGAUGUUUGUUCUGCUUCAGUGGAGAAAUGCUUUUUUUUUUUAAAUAAAUUAAUUUAAAGCCCCA